UAUAUAACAAAUAAUUUGAGCAUGGGACGAAACAACCGGUACAAAGACAAGAGAAAGGCUGCAAGGGACGAGAAAUUCAGCAGGAAUCCCGACGAAGGUAAAAUAGAGCCGAGGUUGAGGACAGAGGAGAGGACAGAGGAAACAAGCUGGGCAGCCUGUUUGGGGAAACUUGCAAUGUGGGACUUUGAGCAGUGCGACCCUAAAAGAUGCACAGGUAGAAAGUUGGCUAGGUUCGGAGUCCUGCAAACACUGAGAGUUAACCAGAGGUUUCCCGGAGUUUGUCUCUCUCCUACUGGAACCCUUGUCGUCAGCCCCGCUGACAGGGAUAUAAUAGCAAAGCAUGGUCUCUGUGUUGUAGACUGCUCCUGGGCUGAAAUAGACAACACCCCCAUAGCCCGCCUCAAGAUCGGGUACCCAAGGCUGUUACCGUAUCUAGUAGCCGCUAACCCUGUGAACUACGGAAAACCGUGGAAGCUGACCUGUGUAGAAGCCCUAGCAGCUGCUUACUACAUAGCGGGGUUUAAGGAACAAGCCGGAGUGGUUCUGGUCAAGUUCAAAUGGGGAGGGAAUUUUCUGGAACUAAACCACGAGAUCCUGGAACGUUACUCCGCAUGCACCACAGCAGCUGAGGUUAUAGAACAACAAAACGAGCACAUGAAAUUCAUAGAACAGGAAUCAAUGGAUAGAAAAUCUCAGGAUAUGACAGAAAUUGACUUUAGUGUAGAAAUGUGUAAUCCCAACCGACAGACUGUCCCGGAAUACAGUGAAUCUUCUGAAGAUUACGAGUCUUCUGAAGAGGAAGAGGAAGAGGAAGAAUCAGAUUCAGAAGAGAGCGCUUCUGAGUCUGAAGAGAGUGUGAAAGUGGGGGAAUCUUCCGUGGAACCAGAUCAGGUGACCGCAGAUCACGUGACAGAAAAGCUAAAUUCAGUGACGUUUUUAGACCAAGAUGAAGUUUAUGAUAUUUAAUUUUACUUUUAGUGGGAAUGAAAUGAUUUGAUUUUUAUAAAAUACGUUUCAAAAUUUUACUGGGUUGACCUAUUUACGAAUAUACGAUGAGAUGGGCUAGAAUUUUGCCCCAACUGUAAAAUACGCGUACGUUGUGAGAUUCUUUUUGAAUUUUUCGAUAAUUGGUUGUUAACAUUAUUAAUUAAUAUUUAUUCUUUCU